AUGUCUCUCUCGACAAAUUUUCGAAUUAUUAUUGCUGGAGGCGGUGUCGCCGGCCUUACACUUGCUAACGCACUAGAGCGAGCUGGGAUAAACUACGUACUGUUGGAGCGUCGAGAUACAAUUGCUCCGCAGGUCGGCGCCUCCAUUGGCAUCGGGCCAAAUGGUUGUCGCAUCCUAGAUCAACUCGGAAUACUGGGUGAACUACUCAAGAAGACUGACCCAAUACUAUGGAUGGCGGAUCGUGACAAUCAGGGUCGAUUGAUUUGCCCUCGAUCUGACGUGUGUAAGCUCGGAUGGGCAAGAACCGGAUAUGACCUUUCAUGGGGAGAUCGUCAAAUACUGCUGCAAAUCCUUUUCGACAAUGUCCAAGACAAAAGCAAAAUCUUGCUAAACAAGAAUGUUAUCAAAAUUGAACACCGGAAACACGGAAUAAGUGCGGACGGCGUCGCAAGCAGGGUCCGACAGGAGUUGUGGAAGCUGGCUGAACCUAGGCAGCCAGAGCUCUAUGGUGGCGAACUAACACAAGGAGGCAUGCUUGCCGAGUAUCGUUGCCUAUUUGGCAUUGCGUCUUCCGUUCAACUCUUGGAGACAGGAGACUUGGAUAUUGGGUAUGAUACGGAUAGAAGUAUUCUCAUGAUUACAGUCAAGAACGGAAGAGUCUAUUACUUCCUCUUUGAGAGAUUGAAAGCACUCUAUCGACUCGGCAACAUCCCACAUUAUAGCACGGCCGAGGCAGUAGCAUUCGCUACAAAGCACGGUGACAUGUGCAUCCGGCCCGGAUUCAAGUUCUCCGACCUCUGGAAUAAGACAAUUUCAUUCCGACUUGUUGCUUUGGAAGAAGCUGCGUUCAAAAUUUGGACGUGUCGACGAAUCGUAUGCCUAGGGGAUAGCAUCCACAAGAUGACUCCGAACAUUGGGGCCGGAGGCAAUGCGGCCAUCGAGAGUGCAGCGGCGUUGGCUAAUUCAAUCAAAGGCAUGGUGGACAGACAUGGCUGCGAACGGCCUUCUGAGAGCGACAUUGAAGAAUGUCUUCGUGGAUAUCAGAAAUGUCGAGAGGAGAGGGCGGCAGCUGUGGUUGACACGUCUGGUAAACUUACACGCCUGCAAGCUCUACGAGGGCCCUUUGACCGCGUCUUCUUUCGGUACCUAUUGCCUAAUUCGGGCGAUUUCCUACAGGAUAUGGCUAGCGACAUGGUCAUAGGCGCCUCUAUGCUUGAGUAUCUACCCCCGCCAAAAGCAUCCCUGAGUGGAACCAUGCCCUUCAACCCAUUGCAGGGUGAGGGUAAGAAAGAGAACAAACUGAAGAGAGCACUCACAAUGCUACCAAUUCUUGGUCUCUUCUAUCUCGCCAUGUGUAUUUUGAACUUGGAUCCGUUACUCCCUUGGCUAUCUGGGGUCGUUGAGACCGGCAAAAUGUCUUUCGAGAACAACCACAUCCUCGUACAGAAGACUUUCUAUCGCAUCAACUGGUUAGACAAGUUUUGGGCGUCAAUUAACGUGGCCUUCAUACCAGCGCUAUACGGUCAUGAUGCAGAAUCCAGAAAGCAGCUCAUCUCUUUCCUGACUGAUUAUGGAGUUAUUAUCGGUAUUUGGACUAUAGAGUCUACUCGUCGGGCUAAUGCUUUGACCUUUUCUCAGAUCCCGUCUCUGUUUUUGACACUCGGUCAGCUCUAUGGCAUUGGUGUCAUAAGCCCUCUGUAUUAUUUUUUUCAUUAUGUCAACUCGCCUAUUGAAACCUUCAAGGCCACCGACAUGAGACUGACCCGGAUGAAUUACACUCUCGGAAUUCUGCCGGCGAUAAUUUUCACCUACUACAUCCCGUGCUACGCCAUGAUAUUCUGGCCGUCGCCGCUUUUCCGCCAGUCGUGGUUGUUCGUUUGGCAAAUGUUCCCCAUUUGGAUUUCCACCAUGACUUCCAUUUUCUCCUCCAUAUUUCCCGACACAAUGAUGCACGAUAGAGUCAACGCACCAAAGCGUGAUUUGCCGGUGGUUCGCUACACCCUCGGCACGUUAGUUGGGAUGUCCGCAAGCUUCUGGAUCUGGGCCUGGUUCAUUAAUCCUUCGGGUAUAGCUGCGAUUUUCUUGCCGCGCGCUUUACCAGCUACUACGUCCGAACUGUCUGGUUUCAUGCACGAGUUCUUCAAAUUUGACCAGAUCUUCCUCUUCACUGCCACGUUCCUCUGGUUGGGCUAUCUCUUCUGGGACAUAAAGCAUGCCGAUAUGGUCCAAUCCAGCUGGCUUACAAUCAUCACUUAUGCUGUCAGCAUGGUCGUCCUUUUCGGACCCGGGGCUGCUGCUGGAUUGGGAUGGCUUUGGAGGGAAGACAUAAUAACGAACAAGAGGCACAAGGCAGCCAUUGUCGAGGCAACCCAUGCCAAGGUGGAAUGA